UCCAUACUUGGUGCUCAGACAAACCCAAAAUGAGGAACCACGGAAGCCUGACCUUCGUGGCCCUCUGCUGCCUCUUUCUCUCAGGCUUUUCCAUGACCAGGGCCCAGCAACAAGCAGAUGCCCCAAACGGUGCUGCUGCUGAUAUAAUAUUUCUAGUGGAUUCCUCUUGGCACAUUGGAAAGGAGCAAUUCCCACUUGUCCGGGAGUUUCUGUACCAGGUGGUAAAGGCUUUAGCUGUGGGGAACAAUGAUUUCCAUUUUGCUCUGGUCCAGUUCAACGGAGACCCACACACUGAGUUCCUGUUAAAUACCUAUCGUACCAAACAAGACGUCCUGGCUCGUAUCUCCAACCUGUCUUACGUUGGGGGAAGCAAUCGGACCGGACCGGGAUUAGAAUACGUAAAGCAAAACCACCUCACUAAGGCUGCUGGGAGCCGGGCCGGGGACGGCGUCCCUCAGGUUGUGAUAGUGCUGACCGAUGGACAGUCGGAGGACGGUCUUGCCCGGCCCUCAGGGGAACUUCAGUCUGCUGAGGGGAACGUGCUUGCAGUUGGAGUUGAGGAUGCAGACGAAGGAGCGCUGAGACAAAUAGCCAGCGGCCCGCUCCAUGCACACCUUUUCAACCUAGUGAAUGCCACCUCCCUGCAUGCCAUAGUGGGAAACUUAGUGUCUCGCGUUCACUCAUCCGUGUUUCCAGAGAGGGCUGGGGACACAAAGACCCUUAAAGACAUCACAGCACAAGACUCUGCUGACAUUAUUUUCCUUGUUGAUGGAUCAAACAACACCGGAAGUGUGCAUUUCCCAGCCAUUCGAGACUUCCUUGUCAAUCUCCUUGAGAGACUCUCGAUUGGGACUCAGCAGAUACAAGUGGGGGUGGUCCAGUAUAGCGAUGAGCCCCAGACCAUGUUCUCCUUGAAUACCUACUCCACCAAGGCUCAGGUGCUGGGGGCGGUGAAGGGCCUUAGGGUCCUUGGUGGGGAGCUGGCCAACAUUGGCCAUGCCCUUGAUUUCGUUGUGGAGAAUCACUUCACCCAGGCAGGGGGCAGCCGAGUGAAGGAAGGGGUCCCCCAGGUUUUGGUCCUCAUAAGUGCCGGGCCUUCUAGCGAUGAGAUCCGAGAAGGGGUGGUAGCCCUGAAGCAGGCAGGCGUAUUCUCCUUUGGCCUCGGCGCCCAGGCAGCUGCCCGCUCAGAGCUCCAGCACAUAGCUACCAGUGACAACUUGGUGUUUACUGUCCCGGAAUUCCGUAGCCUUGGGGACCUCCAGGAGCAAUUACUGACGUACAUUGUUGGCGUGGCCCAAAGGCUCAUUGUCUUACAACCUCCAACCAUUGUCACUGAAGUCACUGAAGUCAACAAGAGGGACAUAGUCUUCCUGAUAGAUGGCUCCUCCACACUGGGACUGGCCAACUUCAAUGCCAUCCGCGACUUCGUUGCCAGGGUCAUCCAGAGGCUGGAGAUUGGACAGGACCUUAUCCAGGUAGCAGUGGCGCAGUACGCAGAUACUGUCAGGCCCGAGUUUUAUUUCAAUAGCUACCCCAGCAAGAGGGAGGUCAUGACCGCGGUGCGGAGACUGAAGCCCCUGGAUGGCUCUGCCCUGUACACGGGCUCCGCGCUGGAUUUCGUCCGCAACAACCUGUUCACUAGCGCAGCUGGCUACCGGGCUGCCGAGGGGGUGCCCAAGCUCUUGGUGCUGGUCACCGGCGGGAAGUCCCUAGAUGAGGUUAGCCAGCCGGCCCAGGAGCUGAAGACUAGCAACAUCCUGGCCUUUGCCAUCGGGAACAAGGCUGCUGAUCAGGCUGAGCUGGAAGAGAUCGCUUUCGACUCCUCCUUGGUGUUCGUCCCUGCCGAGUUCCAGGCUGCUCCCUUGCAGGGGAUACUGCCCAGCUUGCUGUCACCCCUCAGGACCCUCACUGGACCCAAUGAAGUGCGCGUAAACAAAAGGGACAUCAUCUUCCUUUUGGAUGGAUCGGCCAACGUUGGAAAAGCCAACUUCCCUUACGUGCGUGACUUUCUGACCAAACUAGUCCACAGCCUUGAUGUUGGACAUGAUGCUAUUCGUGUGGGGGUAGUGCAAUUUAGCGACAGCCCCGUGACGGAGUUCUCUCUAGACACACACCACACCAAGGCCGAGCUGCUGACCCGCCUGGGCCAGCUGCAGUACCAGGGGGGCUCCGGCCUGCGCACGGGCUCGGCCCUCAGCUUUGUCCGCGCCCACCACUUCACCGAGGCCGGUGGCAGCCGUGUCCGGGAGCACGUCCCGCAGCUCCUGGUCCUGCUGCUGGCUGGCCAGUCCGAGGACUCCUAUUUGCAGGCGGCCAACGAGCUGGCGCGCGCAGGCGUGCUGACCUUUUGUGUGGGGGCUAACCAGGCCAAAAAGGCCGAGCUUGAGCAGAUUGCCUUUAACCCGAGCCUGGUGUAUCUCAUGGACGAUUUCAGUUCCCUGCCAACGCUGCCCCAGCAGCUGAUUCAGCCCCUCACCACCUAUGUUAGCGGGGGUGUGGAGGAAGUGCCCUUCAGCCAGCCAGAGAGCAAGAGGCGAGACAUCCUCUUCCUCUUUGAUGGCUCCGCCAAUCUCGUGGGUCAGUUCCCAGCUGUCCGGGACUUCCUCCAUCGGGUCAUCGAUGAGCUGGACGUCAGGCCCGAUGGCACCCGGGUCGCGGUGGCCCAGUACAGCGACGACGUCAGGGUGGAGUCGCGCUUCAGCGAUCACCAGAGCAAGCCCGAGAUCCUGAACCUCGUCAAGAGGAUGAAGAUCAAGACGGGCAAAGCCCUCAACCUGGGCUACGCCCUGGAUUACGCGCAGCGCAACAUCUUUGUGAAGUCGGCGGGCAGCCGCAUCGAGGAGGGCGUGCUGCAGUUCCUGGUGCUGCUGGUGGCGGGCAGGUCCUCCGACCGUGUCGACGUGUCCGCUGGUCACCUGCGACAGAGUGGGGUGGUGCCGUUCAUUCUCCAAGCCAAGAACGCCGACGCUGCCCAGCUGGAGCAGAUCGUACCCUCCACUGACUUCAUCCUGCAGGCCGAGUCGCUGCCCAAGAUCGGCGAGCUCCAGCCCCAGAUCGUGAACCUCCUGAAGACGGUGCACAACGGGGCCCCGGCACCAGUUUCAGGGGAAAAGGAUGUGGUCUUCCUGAUCGACGGUUCUGAUGGCGUCAGAAGUGGGUUCACCCUGUUGAAAGAGUUUGUCCAGAGGCUGGUGGAGAGCCUGGAUGUGGGCCGGGACCGGGUCCGAGUGGCCGUGGUUCAGUACAGCGACCGGCCCAAGGCCGAGUUUGUCCUGAACUCAUACAUGGACCAGCAGAGUGUCAUCAACGCCAUACGUGGACUGACGCUCCUGGGCGGUCGGACUCCCAACACUGGCGCAGCCCUGGAUUUUGUCCUGAGGCAUAUCCUCAUUAGCUCUGCGGGCAGCAGGAUUGAAGAAGGCGUCCCCCAGCUUCUGAUUGUCCUCACAGCUGACAGGUCUGGGGAUGAUGUGCAGGGUCCCUCGGUGGUCCUCAAGAGGGGAGGGGCAGUGCCCAUCGGCAUCGGCAUCGGGAAUGCUGACAUCUCAGAGAUGCAAACCAUCUCCUUCAUCCCGGACUUUGCCGUGGCCAUUCCCAACUUCCGGCAACUGACCAAUGUCCACCAAGUCGUCUCUGAGAGAGUCACCCAGCUCAACCGUGAAGAGCUUAAGAGGUUGCAGCCUCUUCUCCCAGCAGGUCCAGGUGUGGUCAGCAAGAAAGACGUGGUAUUCCUCAUUGAUGGAUCCCAAAGUGCUGGUCCAGAAUUUCAGUACAUCCGCACACUUAUCGAAAGGCUGGUCGACCACUUGGACGUGAGCUUUGACACCACCCGCGUUGCGGUGAUCCAGUUUAGCGAGGAUCCCAAGGUGGAGUUCCUGCUGAAUGCCCACUCCAGCAAGGAUGAGGUGCAGAAUGCCGUAAGACGGAUGAGGCCCAAGGGGGGCCGGCAAGUCAACAUCGGGGGCGCCCUGGAUUAUGUGUCCCAAAACAUCUUCAAGAGGCCACUGGGAAGCCGCAUCGAGGAGGGCGUCCCUCAGUUCCUGGUCCUCAUCUCGUCUGGGAAGUCCGACGAUGAAGUGGACGGCCCCGCAGCAGAGAUCAAGCAGUUCGGGGUGGCCCCUUUCACCAUCGCAAGAAGCCCAGACCAGGAGGAAUUUGUGAAGAUCUCCCUCAGUCCUGAAUAUGUGUUCUCCGUGAACACCUUCAGGGAACUGCCCAGCUUGGAGCAGAAGCUGUUGACUCCCAUCACCACCCUGACCUCGGAGCAAAUUCAACAGCUCCUGUCCACUACACGCUACCCUCCAGUUGUUGAGAGCGAUGCUGCCGACAUCGUGUUUCUGAUUGACAGCUCCGACGGCGUGAGGAGCGAGGGCAUCGCGCACAUUCGAGACUUUGUGGGCAGGAUCGUGCGGAGACUCAACAUUGGCCCCAGUAAGGUGCGCAUCGGGCUCGUGCAGUUCAGCGACGAGGUCUUCCCCGAGUUCUACCUGAAGACCCACAAGUCCCAGGCUGCCGUGUUGGAAGCCAUACGCCGCCUGAGGUUCCGGGGAGGCUCUCCACUCAACACUGGCAAAGCCCUGGAGUCCGUGGCAAGAAACUUUUUUGUGAAGUCGGCCGGAAGCCGCAUCGAAGACGGCGUGCCCCAGCAUCUCGUCGUGAUCCUUGGUGGGAAAUCCCAGGAUGACGUCUCCAGGUUCUCACAGGUCAUCCGUUCCUCGGGCAUCGUCAGCUUAGGGGUGGGAGACCGGAAUGUCGGCCGAAGUGAGCUGCAGACCAUCACCAACGACCCCGGGCUGGUCUUCACCGUGCGAGAGUUCAGAGAGCUGCCCAACAUAGAAGCCCGCAUCAUGGGCUCCUUUGGACCCUCUGGGGCCACCCCUGCACCCCCAAGCCCGGGUCCACGUCCACCUUCGAGACCAGAGCAAAAGAAAGCAGAUAUCGUGUUCCUGUUGGAUGGUUCCAUCAACUUCCGGAGGGACAGUUUCCAGGAAGUGCUCCGUUUCGUAUCGGAUGUUGUGGACACAAUUUAUGAAGGGGGUGACUCGAUCCAGGUGGGGCUGGUCCAGUAUAAUUCUGACCCCACGGAUGAGUUCUUCCUGAAGGACUAUUCCUCCAAGACGCAGAUUAUCGAGGCCAUCAAUAAAGUGGUCUACAAAGGGGGCCGACAUGCCAACACCAAGGUGGGCAUCGAUCACCUGCGGCGGAACCACUUCGUGCCCGAGGCGGGCAGCCGCCUGGAACAGAGGGUCCCGCAGAUCGCCUUUGUGAUCACGGGGGGGAAGUCGGUGGAGGAUGCUCAGGAGGCGAGCCUGGCCCUCACUCAAAGUGGAGUCAAGGUGUUUGCGGUGGGCGUGCGGAACAUCGACUCGGAGGAGAUCGGGAAGAUGGCGUCCAACAGUGCCACGGCAUUCCGAGUGGGAAAUGUGGUGGAGCUGUCGGAGCUGAGCGAGCAGGUUCUGGAAACGUUGCAUGAUGCCAUGCACGAAACCUUGUGCCCCGGUGUGCCUGACGUCUCCAAAGCCUGCAGUGUGGAUGUGAUCCUGGGGUUUGAUGGCUCAAGUGAUGAGAAUGUAUUUAUGAGCCAGAAGGGGCUUGAGACCAAAGUGGAGGACAUCCUGAACAGGAUCAGCCGGAUGCAGAGGAUCAGCUGCACUGGCCUCCAGGCGCCCACUGUGCGAGUGUCCGUAGUGGCCAACACACCCUCAGGACCCGUGGAGGCCUUUGCCUUGGACGAGUACCAACCGGAGCUGUUUGACAAGUUCCGGAACAUGCGCAUCCAGCACCCCUAUGUCCUCACUGCCGACACGCUGAAGCUCUACCAGAGCAAGUUCAGAGCGUCUUCGCCCAACAGCGUGAAGGUGGUCAUUCAUUUCACGGACGGGGUGGAUGGAGACAUGGGAGCUCUGCAGAAAGCCUCCGAGGAACUGCGAGAGGAUGGCGUCCAAGCACUGAUCUUCGUGGGCCUUGAGCGGGUGGCCAAUCUGGAGAGGCUGAUGCAGCUGGAGUUCGGACGAGGGUUCAUGUACAACAGGCCCCUGAGGCUGAACCUGAUGGAUUUGGAUCACGAGCUGGCAGAGCAGCUUGACAGCAUUGCUGAGAAAUCUUGCUGUGGGGUUCCCUGCAAGUGCUCUGGACAAAGAGGAGACUGGGGGCCCAUCGGCACCAUCGGGCCUAAGGGAGACAAGGGGCUGCCUGGUUCGUCUGGAGACAAGGGGAGCCCUGGAAGAAGGGGUGACAAAGGACCGAAAGGAGACCAAGGAGAAAGAGGAGAUGGUGGAAUCCGAGGGGACCCGGGCGAUUCGGGGCGGGAUGGCCAGCAACCUGGACCCAAAGGAGAAACUGGUGAAAUUGGUCCCAUGGGCCUCCCCGGGAGGGACGGCCCGUCAGGGAGACCCGGAGACCCUGGGAAGGAGGGUGGCUUUGGAAGACGGGGAGCUCCGGGAGCUAAGGGCAGCAGGGGCAACCCUGGGCAGGCUGGCUUUGCGGGAGAACAGGGGACCAGAGGUUCACAGGGCCCACCUGGUCCCACCGGUCCUCCAGGCCUGAUUGGUGAGCAAGGCAUCCCUGGACCUCGGGGAGGCGGAGGGACCGCUGGGGCUCCUGGAGAACGCGGCAGAACCGGUCCCCUGGGAAGAAAGGGUGAGCCCGGAGAGCCUGGACCGAAGGGUGGCACUGGGAACCUCGGCCCCCGAGGGGAGACGGGAGACGAUGGGCGUGAUGGAGUGGGCAGCGAAGGACGCCGAGGCAAGAAGGGAGAAAGAGGAUUCCCUGGAUACCCAGGGCCAAAGGGCACCUCCGGUGAGCCUGGGACAGAUGGAUCACCAGGCCCCAAAGGGAUCCGAGGCCGAAGGGGAAAUUCCGGGCCUCCAGGGACAGGUGGACAGAAGGGCGACCCUGGCUACCCAGGACCAGCUGGUCACAAAGGAAACAGAGGGGACUCUAUCGAUCAAUGCGGACUUGUCCAGAGCAUCAGAGAUAAAUGUCCUUGCUGCUACGGGCCCCUCGAAUGCCCCGUCUUCCCGACGGAACUAGCCUUUGCCUUGGACACCUCUGAGGGGGUCACCCAGGACACAUUCAGCCGGAUGAGAGAUGUCCUUUUGAAGAUCGUGGGUGAUCUGACCAUUGCCGAGAGCAACUGCCCCCGGGGAGCCCGCGUGGCUGUGGUGACCUACAACAACGAGGUGACCACUGAGAUCCGGUUUGCUGAUUCCAAGAGGAAGUCUGCCCUCUUGGAGCAGAUCAAGAACCUUCAGGUGGCUCUGACAUCCAAGCAACAGAGUCUGGAGACGGCCAUGUCCUUUGUGGCCAGAAACACGUUUAAACGCGUGCGGAGCGGGUUCCUGAUGAGGAAAGUGGCCGUUUUCUUCAGCAAUAAGCUCACGAGAGCAUCGCCACAGCUCAGAGAGGCGGUGCUGAAGCUCUCCGAUGCGGGCAUCACCCCCUUGUUCCUCACCAGCCAGGAGGACCGGCAGCUUAUCAAUGCCCUGCAGAUCAACAACACCGCAGUGGGACAUGCGCUCGUCCUACCCGCUCGGAGGGAUCUCACCGACUUCCUGAAGAAUGUGCUGACGUGUCACGUAUGUCUAGACAUUUGCAACAUUGACCCGUCCUGUGGAUUUGUCAACUGGAGGCCCGCGUUCAGGGACAGGAGGGCGGCCGGCAGCGACGCGGACAUUGACAUGGCCUUCAUCUUGGACAGCUCGGAGUCCACCACUCUGUUCCAGUUCAAUGAAAUGAAGAAGUACAUCUCCUACCUGGUCAGGCAGCUGGACCUGAGCCCAGACCCCCAGGCCUCGCAGCACCUGACGAGAGUGGCGGUGGUGCAGCACGCACCCUACGCCUCGGUGGGGGCCAGCAGCGUGCCCCCCGUGAAGGUGGAGUUCUCCCUGACCGACUAUGGCUCCAGAGAGCAGCUGGUGGAGUUCCUGGGCAGUCGCAUGACCCAGCUGCAGGGGACCAGGGACCUGAGCCGCGCUGUCGAAUACACCAUCGAGAAUGUCUUUGAGAGUGCACCGCACCCCCGGGACCUGAAGAUCGUGGUUCUGAUGCUGACGGGCGCGGUGCAGAAGCAGCAGCUGGAGGAGGCCCAGCGAGCCAUCCUGCAGGCCAAAUGCAGGGGAUACUUCUUCGUGGUGCUGGGCAUCGGCCGCAAGGUGAACAUCAAGGACGUGUAUGGCCUCGCCAGCGAGCCCAACGACGUCUUCUUCAAGCUGGCCGACAAGUCCACUGAGCUCAACGAGGAGCCCCUGAUGCGCUUCGGCCGGCUGCUGCCCUCCUUCGUCGGCAGUGAGAAUGCGUUCUACUUGUCUCCAGACAUCAGGAAGCAGUGUGACUGGUUCCAAGGGGACCAGCCAGCAAGGAAUUCUGUGAAAUUUGGGCACAAGCAAGUCCACGUGCCGAAUAACGUUACCUCAAAUCCCACAACCAAGCCGGCCACCACCACGAAGACAGCGACCACAGAGACAAAGCAGGCCACCAUCGUGAAUCUGCCGCCUGCCCGGCCGGCCGCUGCUAAGCCUGCCCCUGUGAGGCCUGCCGUUGCCAGGCCCGAGGCUCCGAAGACAGCCACCGUGCGGCCAGCCGCCCCAAAGCCUGCAGCCCCGAAGCCAGCUGCUGCGAAGCCCGUGGCCGCCACCAAGCCCGUGGCUGCCGCAAAGCCCGUGGCUGCUGCGAAGCCCCCUGCAGCCCCGAAGCCCGAGGCCAGCAGGCCACAGGUGGCCAAACCUGCCGCAGUCAAGCCAGCCACCACCAAGCCCGGGGUGAGGCUGCCCCGAGAGGUCCACGUAUCGGAGGUCACAGACAACAGUGCCAAGCUCCGCUGGGACCGGCCCGAGCCCCCCAGUCUGUACUUCUACGACCUCACCGUGACAGCGGCCUACGACCAGUCCCUGGUUCUGAGGCAGAACCUCACGAGCACGGACCGGGUCAUCGGAGGUCUGCUCUCAGGACACACCUACCACGUGUCCGUGGUCUGCUACCUGAGGUCCCAGGUCAGGGCCAUCUACCAAGGCAGCUUCAGCACAAAGAAAACCCAGUCUCCACCCCCACAGCCCGCACGGUCUGCCUCCAGUUCCAGCAUCAAUCUGAUGGUGAGCACGGAGCCUCUGGUUGGUACCCAAACAGAUAUAUGCAAGCUGCCCAAAGACGGAGGGACUUGCAGAAAAUUCGAAUUGAUGUGGUACUAUGAUCCGGAGACCAAAAGCUGUGGGCGGUUCUGGUACGGAGGCUGCGGCGGCAACGAAAACAGAUUCAGCUCACAGAGAGAAUGUGAAAAGGUUUGCCUUCCCGUGCUCGUCAACGCUGGAGCCAUCACGGCCAUGGGAACUUAGACCUGGCUGGCCGGCAACACAUACCUCUGAGAGAAGGAGUUCGCCACCCCCAACUCGUCUUGGCAGAAGCUCUGGGUACAGAUGACCUUGCACGGUGCCAUUUCAUGCUUCCAUCUACACUCGAACUUGGGCGGAGACGUUUUUCUGCAUGUCCCGCCCAUAUGGUGCUAAGUGUGUCUGUGGACUCAACCCUCCUUGUCUCCAGGCAGUUCCAUUUGUAUCCCUCGACCAGGUCGAACAGCUCCCCAUGACUGGUGUUUAUGUGAACCUUUCUACCAAGUCAAGGUCCCCCCUGGAGCUUCACGUCAUGCCUGUUGUUGGCGAAUGCAAAGUCUAGAACAUAAGCCCCCACCUCCCAGCUGCUCGGUGCACUUCUGCUUGGUUCCUUCCCGGCCCCCCUUAAUCAAGAAUGAGCUCAGCUGGAAAGCCUGUGUAGGAGCCCAACUUUUCCAUCCCCUCCCCGGCGCCCCAGCUUCCUGGAUUAGAUUUUGGGCAGCUAUCCUUCUUAUCACACCUGCAGCACCUGAUCUGGUUAGAAGGAAGCAAAGGUCCCUUAAUCCAGGUGCACCGUUGGGACCAUGGCCUCGA